CAGUGAAAAGGACGCAAUUGGCGAAACUGUUCGCGAUAACGGAAUUGAGGAUGCGUUUCACAACGGCGGCAUUCGCUUUGAUCGUGUUCAUCGUAGUUUCUUCUAUAUUUGUCGCGAACUUGGCAAGCUUAAUCGGCAUGGACAAGCAGCUUAGUAGCCGUUUGGAGGCGGCAUUGAAUGAGGGCCACAAUCAAGAGCACCGGCAACUCAGACUAGAUGACGGUCCGGGUCAUCUGAUGUGGUUCUUGCAGAUCUCGGACAUUCACAUCAGCAAGUAUCUGGAUCCAACGCGCGUGCCACAAUUGGUGGAAUUUUGCAAUCGUACAGUGGAUAUCAUCCGCCCUAGCGUCGUUCUUGCAUCUGGCGACCUUACUGACGCAAAAACCUCGAAUUUUCUCGGCUCCCAGCAGCAUGAACAAGAGUGGCGGUGGUACUUUGAGGUGCUCCAUGACACAAACGUGCUGAAUCGAACGAUAUGGUUAGACAUACGUGGCAAUCAUGAUAACUUCAACGUGCCCGCCUUACAGGCACGGCAGGAUCUAUUCACCAACUAUUCCGCCCAAGGCAGAUAUCACACCCGUUCGUACAUGCAGCACAUCGAGCGAGGAGGAGAACGGUAUGCGUUUAUUGCUGUGGACGCUUGCCUGGAUCCGGGCCCAAAAAGACCAUUCAACUUCGUGGGUAUGCUGUCGAUCAACGAAACGCAGUAUCUGUUUAAUCUUGCUGAGCAAUCACGAGCCAUGGGAACCAACUACACAAUCUGGUUCGGACACUAUCCCACGUCAUGCAUUUUAACGCCCGGCUUGGGUUCUGGGGGAAUUCGCAAUCUGAUCGGACGCUAUCGCGACGCGUACGCGUACCUUUCCGGUCACUUCCAUACACUUGGCGGGGCCGUACCACGUAUGUACACAUUACAGAAGGAGGGCUUUUUAGAGCUGGAGCUAGGCGACUGGAUGCGCAAUAGACGAUACCGAUUGGCUGCAUUUGAUCAUGGAUAUUUUUCCUUUGUUGAUGUGCAGCACAAUCAAUGGCCAGUAAUUCUGGUUACAAAUCCAAAGGAGGCUCAUUUUAAUAUUCCCGAAAAGGAAUCACCAGGUCCAGUUCUUGAAUCCACCCACAUCCGAAUAUUGAUAUUUUCCCCGGCCAGAAUCACAGAGUGUCAGGUAAAGCUCGACACCAGCAGCUGGAAGGAGUGCAUACGAAUUAGUCGGGAGUUGUAUGUAGUACCCUGGGACCCAUCGCUUUACAAACGAGGACUCCAUAGACUUUCGGUAUAUGUGCUGGAUGAAGAUGGACGGAGCCGUGUUGUGGAUCAAGAGUUUACAUUAGACGGAUCUCGAUUGAGCUUCGAUUUUCUAGCCAAACUUGUGCUAAUGUACGAUACGAAUAAAUUGUUCCAGGCAUUUUUUAGUGUUGCUCUCAUCAUAUAUCUUGUGCCAUUGUGCGUGUUUCGAAUAUGGCAUAGUCUUGUUCGAAAAGGCGUAUUGCCUCGACCUCGCCUUCGGACGUUUUGCUGUGGUACUUGGAUACGGAAAUUAUGGAUUCUUUCUACCGUUGAUAGACUAAUGUUUCCCCUCGUGGCUUACUGUCUGUAUCUGGCAUGUGGCCCCUGGUCAAUCGGGGAGAUCAUUGAUGGAUACAUGGGAGUAGUGUUUGUUUGGGGAAUUUUCGUCAACAACGCCUUCCUACCAGGUACUCUCACCUAUUUGUACGGCUUUUUCCAACUUAUGCUGUGCCAGCUCCCGUUGACGAUUAUUUUUGCUAAUAAUGCCUCUCGAUGCUUCUACCGCCGGGAUUUGGAAAAGAAUCAUGGAUGGAUAGUGAUGCUGUGGAAGAACGCAACAUUCAUUCUUAUCAUGACGGUAGAGGUACUGUUAGCUGCUAUCUUUUGGCAUUCUUAUGGACUGCUGGCGUUCAUCAUCGCCCCUUUGCGGGCUUGGUCGAUCGUAAUGAACAUAAUCCUGUGGCAGCAGUCGCGCUACAUUCCAGAGAAAUGUCUGCGAUCAGCCGCCACCGUGUGGUCUUCAUCGGAACCGAAACUUUCCACACUUUCCCAGUAAAAUUGAUGUUAUUCAGGCUUUCUUUGGUAUUGAAUGCAACAUUUUCUUGAAAAUGAUCAACAAACUGCUGCAUAGCAGUGCCAUUGUUAUGUUUCAAGAUAACAUUCAUUGAGGAUCAGGUGCUAUAAAUUUUAUACAGGAUCAAUUUGAUAAAGCACCUAUCUUAUUUUCUUAUCAUUUGGAACAGGGCAGGACGUAUUACAUCCAUAAAUGUAUUCAGGUGCGAUAAAACGUAUUAAAGCGAAUUGCAGUGUAAACUGACCAAAGAACGAACAAAACCAAUAGCAAAUAGCGAAAAAAAACAGUACAACCAACAGCAUUAAACUAGUCAGUUACGUUCGAUACGUGGCGCUGCAAUUACUUGGUUGUAUGGAACUACUUUUUUAAUUUUCUGAAAUGUGUAAAUUUUCUUAUAUAUUUAAUAUCUAUCAUGUACGCACCGACAACAAAAUGGAAGUAAUAAACGAAGUAGAAAGUAUAUAGUAGAUUGCUAAUAGAAUAAUGAGCAUAAUCAUGCCUGUAAAGUGCCUCUAAGAGUAAUGGUAUAUCGCUGUAUAGUUUUUAAUAGAAAAACAUAAAUCCAAACAUUAAUCCGAUCCGUUUAUGGUUUUUUAUUGCGCUAGUGCCAACAUACUGAAAGAAUGUGUUGGCGUGCCAUAUCAUCGUUCCAACUAAGCAUCUGUC